AUGGAAGUAGAAGACAAAAAAGAAAUCUUUGCAAAAAGGAAUAAGCCAGCAAAACCGGCGGUCACUUUCCCUACUAAGAAAUUCGAGCCCAGGGAAAACUAA